AUGGCACCUCAAAUCAGGGUGGCCGUCAUUGGUGGUGGCCCGGCCGGCCUCGGCGUCGCCAUUGAGCUCGGCCGGCUUCCGUUCGUCGACUGGCACCUGUACGAGAAGAAGAACGUCAUCAGCGAAUACAGCAGCGGCCUCACCAUUCAGCGGAACACAUGGCGCAUGCUGGAGCACCUCGGCGCCGCAAAGCACCUGCGCACGUCAGACAUCUUCCGGCCGGCCAACGGGCACAUCACGCAACACCGCGAUGGCCGCACCGGCGACCUCGUGCUCGCGGCCGAGACGAAGGGGACAACGACGACAGCACCGCACCACCAGCCCUGCCGGGCCCAUCGUGCCCUUUUGCAACAGGCGCUGCUGAAGGAAGUGGACCAGAGCCGCGUGCGCGUCGGCCACAAGCUUGUCCGCAUCGAGGAGCUUCCCUCGCACCGAAUUUUGCUGUCCUUUGACAACGGCUGGACCGACGAGGUGGACCUGCUCAUCGGAGCGGACGGUCUGCGAUCUCCCGUCCGUGAUUUUGCCUUUCCGGACCACCGCAUAGCCUACACGGGCGCCACGGCCUAUCGCUCGCUGGUCCGCACGUCCGAUGCCCUGGACGUCAAUGGCAUGCUGCCCGAGGUGAUCUUCUGGCACGGCACCAACAGCAAGUGGGUGUACACAUGUCCACUUGGCGGCGAUACCUUUGAAAUCACCUGCCGCAUCAUUGAGGGAAAGGACCCGGAAGGCGAUGACCAACGCUAUCGCGCCAGCUGGGGCCGCGAAGCAUCCGUGGCCGAGUUCGUCGCCAAGUACGCCGAGUUCUGUGCCCCAGUCCAGCAGCUCCUGCAGCUCGUCACGAACGUGCAGCAGUACGACUUUUUUGCCGGCCCGCGCCUCGAGACCGUCGUGGCCCGGAGCAGCGUGGCCCUUGUGGGCGACGCGUCCCACCCGUUGUCGGGUGCAUUUGGCGCGGGAGCCGGGUUUGCUCUCGAGGAUGCGUUCACGCUCGCCGGCGCCUUGGCGUGGGCGUUUGGUGCAGGCGGCCCGUCAGGCCGGGACACGCGCGCCAAGCUGGGCGUGGCGUUGUCUCUGUACGACCAGGUGCGGUCCGCCCACUACGCCGACCUCUACCGCAUUCUUGACGGCUACGGGAAGGCCGAACAGAUUGUGGCCGCGCAAAACUUACCGCCAAAUGGCGAGAUCCGGGCACGCAUUGACUCUGUCUGGAACCCAAAGAACAACUGGAUCUACCACUACGAGGUUGACUCUGCUCUGGCAAAGGCCAUCCGCGACGCUGGCGAUGCCCAAGGACGGGGCAGGUUCGAGGCGAGGCUGUGA